CAGUCUGUGUCUGUACACAUACAAAUAUACACAUUGGUGUCUUUCAUUGUUUGUUGUCCUAGACUUCUGGUUUUUUCUUUCCCUUCUCCCAUCCCCACCUUGUGCCCCCUGGCCCUGGAGAACAAGAACUAGAAAGAAAACUCUUAUAACCACUGGCCCAGGCGCAGUCAGGCCUGACAGAUCGCCGCGCUGGCCACAUGCCCUCAUCCACCCCUGAGCCCCCCACUUGUCGGUCACAUGAAGGCUGAGAAGCCCAUGAUCCUAUGAGGACUGAGGUUGUUGGGGUUCUAGGAGAACACCGCCCAGAGCAAGUAGCCUGCGGGACCGGCAGAUGAGGAAACCAAGGCCCAGCGUGGAUCUGUGUUGGGAUUCCCCUGCAGAGGGUCCAGUUACACCUGAGCAAUGGUGGCCUGGGGCCGACAACCCUAACCCUAAAUGCGUGCUCCAGUAUGCUCCCGGGGGACGACACACUCUUUACCAGUGCAGAGAAACCACGUCUGAGCGUGUCUUCCAGAGCAUCCAGCAGAUCCUGGUGAAGUCCUCCCACGAGUUGGAGCUGGCCUGCCAGGACACCAGCCGCCGGGUGCAUCUGGAGCCCUGGCUGCAGCUCAUCGCAGAGUGCUUCCGCUGCCUGAGAAAUGCCUGUGUGCAGUGCCCCAGGAACCAGGGCAUGAUCAGGAACUUGAAUUUAAUCAGCAGCACGGUGGAGCUGAUUGAUUUAUUUCAGAAGCUGGAUGUUGAGCAGGAAUCCCACUUGACAGCUAUUCGCUGCGGCCUGCAGUUCCUGGGAAACGUUGCAGCCGGGAAUGAGGCUUCGCAGCGGGUCGUGUGGAGGGACGCCUUCCCGGAUCUCUUCUUGUACUGCCUCCGCCAUCCGGACAAGAAGGUUGUCGCCUACGCCUCCAUGAUCCUGUUUACCUGCCUGAGCUCCGAACGGCUGAAGGACCCACAGACCCAGGACCUGAGCGUGGCUCUGAGGGUCAUCGAGACCCACCAGAAGCAGCCAGAGUCCGAGUGGACGUUCCUGAUCAUUUCCCACUAUCUGCUGAAAAGCCCAGAACUGGUGAAAUCCAUGUAUGCCAAGCUGAGCAACCCAGAAAGGGUUAUGUUGCUCGAUCUCAUGGUAGCCAAGCUUGUGGGGGAUGAACCGCUGACCAGAGAGGAACUGGACGCCUUUCUAAGGCACGCUGAAUGGGUUGCAAGCAGCUUCCAAGACAAAUGCAAGUCUGUGCUGAAGCUUGCCUCAGCCGGGCACGAUGAUGAUGAGGAAGCCCUGGCCACAAUUAGGCUUCUCCAUGUCCUUUGUGAAGUGACCGCCAACUGUGAACUGCUGGGCUCCUUACAAGCCUUCCCUGGGCUCCUUGAGACAGUAGUUGAGAUCUUGCAGCUGGCUCACUUGGCCGGGAAGCAGUCACGAAACGUCUUCACGGCCGCGUCUUGUAUGCGAGGCGACGGGGACAUCUCCAACCCUGCCGUGGGCUUCAAGUCCCACCUCGUUCGCUUGAUUGGGAACCUGUGCUACAAGAAUGGGAAAAACCAAGACAAGGUGUACGAAUUGGAUGGCAUUCCCCUGAUUCUGGACAACUGCAGCAUGGAUGACAACAAUCCCUUUCUGAAUCAGUGGGCAGUGUAUGCCAUACGAAACCUGACUGAACACAAUAAAAGAAACCAAGAGCUAAUUGCAAAGAUGGAGGACCAUGGACUGGCAGAUACAGCCAUGCUAAAGAAGAUGGGUCUUGAGGUUGAAAAACGAGAUGGCAAACUUACUUUGAGAUCUACAAGAAAAGGUCCUAGUUGUGAAUGAUCCCGCCACCUGCCUCUUGGCUCCUGGCUCCUGGCUCCUUGGGAUUUGCCACUGCAGCAGGACAUGAAAUUACAAGGGUCUGGAGAAUUUCAAACCAGCUCAAAGCCAAGAAUGCCUGAAGUUUGGGGAAAACAGUUGGAUGUACCUGGGCCCCAGUGGAAAUGUGCCUGCAGAGGGCCCACUGGACACUGGGCAGUUUGUGCCUGAGUUACCGUAGACUUACUGCAUCUUCAGAUAAUAAAACUUUCUGUUUGGGGAGGCUCCGUCCUCCUGUGGUCUAAGAGCCGUCUAUUUGUUUGCCCCUUCAGGUCCUAUUGCUGAGUGUUCUGAACUCUGAGUGUGCCUGCCUCCCCAAAACCUGGACAAAACUCACUUCCAGGGAGAUGCAGAAUGGAAGCACCCUGCUCUAUUGUCCUUGCUGGCAGGGAAUGAUGGGGCCCAGAGAUUCAAGGGGCCAGGUUCAUGCCUCUGACCCCUAAUGGGGUUCAGAGACGUGGGGCCCUUGGAGCCCAUUACCUGGAGAGUUAAGAGCUCGCUCCAGCUUAGCCACCAAUCAUCUGUUGUGCUUUACUGAGCUGGGGCAGAAUAGCUCUACGUGUCUUUUAAAACUCCAGAUACCAAGAUGGCAAAGACAUGGACUGGUUGCUUCCAGGCCAGUCUGGCAGAGGAGGGAGCAGCAAGGUGUGAGGACAGAGCUCUGUCCUCGGGGAAAUCAGUGGGGUUCAAAUCCCCUCUUCAGCAAUAGUGUUUCCGCACAACAGAUCUGGAAGUAACCUCAGAGACCAUUUAGCCCUUUUGUUUUAUGGAUAAGGAAACGGAACUCAAGAAGAAAGCAGUGGCACAAGGCCACGCGGCAGCAGGUUAACAGCUGAGAUUUGAACCCAGGCCCUCCAGUUUUAAAUCCAAAGGACCUUGGCUUUCUGCCAUUCUGGCUGCGUGAGAUGCCGUGCGAGUGCCUUCACCUCUCGGACUCUCCUUCCUCGUCUGUGGAAGGAGAAUAGCAAUCAGCCUUGCUCUCACGCAUGCACUCUCUCCCUACCCUGGCUGGGCCUCGUAGCUGUCGGAGAAUCCUCCUCUCCAACGUUGUCAGCGAAAGGAAGACUGGGAGUCAGUGCCUGGCCCCGCUCCUUUCCCACGCCGGUCGCUGAUCCUGAAACGAGCCAGCCGCCCAACCCUGACCACAGGUUGGACACCCCUCUCCAGGCUGUUCGGAGCAGAAUAGCCCCUGGCUCCUUGCAGCGUUGACUAAAUUGCUUUUUCACAAACCCGGGCACUUGGAAGACUCCAGUGAAAGCUUUCGGAGGCGCUAAGUGCUGGCCCCGGGGUAUUAACGCUUAGGAAGCAUUUUCAAGUCCGCGGGGUUCCUGCAAAGGCUGGGAGGAGCGUUUUCAUCACCUCCAGGACAUUCUUUGAGGGUAGAAACCAAGGCAAAUAAAAACGCCAAGAAUUCCCUUCUGUUCUGAGGGCCGGAGAGUCAAAAUCCUGCCCACAAAACAAAUCGAGAUGGAGGCCUGGCCUGAGGAAAAAAACAGUAGGGGGGGACACGGGGGAGGGGUGUUUCUUUUUUCCUUUUUAACGAGUUUGCAAUAGACACUUUUUUUUUAGCCUCAAUGGUUGUCUGGCCACCAAUAGAAUCACGCGAACAUGGACUUAGAAACCGCACAAUGGCCGGCACAAAUAGCUAAGAGGGAAUCCUCUGGGAAUGGACGAGGGGGGUCAUAGUUAUGUGUUUUCUAAAUAGGAAAUGGGGGGCUUUCAGAGGGAAAACAUGCUGAUGACUCUAUUGUGAGCGGCUUUUGAUUCCCUGGGAUAGAUGAAUUCUUCGGAGACGACAGCUGCCCCGGCUCCCCCGGAGCCCCGAGACCGUUGUCUUCCACGCCGGGAGGGCUUAAUGCGCCGACCACAAGAUGAGGAGGGGCAGCAGCCUGGGAGAGUUUGUGAAGGGUCAGCCUGGCCUCAGCAAGUCUUGUGACCAGAGCUCACGGACAAACAAGCCCCAUUUUGGAGACUCUUUUAUUUUGAAAGCAACAGGGAAGAUGGAUUGUCUUCCUGGUAACGAAGUUUCCCCUGCUACCCUCGCGCUGCGGCCCCCACCCCCCUCCCUGGCCGAUCGUCGUCUCUCUCCCCAUAUUCUCUUGUAACUUUGCCUCCAUCCCAUCACGCCAUGUCGUCUCUAAUAGGCCGUGAGCUCUCUGAGAGCAAGACCUGGGACCUCUCCCUCCUUGGCGCCCCCACCUUACCCAGGGCCUGACAUACAGGAGGCGCACACUAACUGCUGCAUCCCAUAGCCCUGUUGAGUGGAGGAAUUUUGUGUCUUUCAGUCCGUUAAGGAGAGUGGACAUCAGCGUGUGUCCUCUGGAUGAAUGAGUGAAGGAAUGAAUGAAAAGGCAUUUAUCAAACACUUAGCAUGUGCAAAAACUGCUACGGAAGAGCAACCUCAGGAUUUUGGGAGCAGCCAACGGCCCCGUGAUUGAAUUCCCUGGCCUCGGGAAGUCUCCUGUGCAGUCCAGCAAACCGUGCCCUUUGCUAGUUGGUUAGAUGGGUGUGAGGAAGAUCGCAAAGCUUAGCGAAGAACCUGGAACAACUCACUCUGGGCUUGUGCUUGGAAGCAACUGCCUCCCAACACUCAUGCAAGCUAGGGAACCGCAGCCCCCCUUGAAGCAUGAGAGCACGCGUUCAGAGGGGGAGUGGCCUCUUUCCAGUGGGGCAGCCCCAGCCUCCUGGGGCUGACAGUCAGCGCGGGUGGGGGCGGGGGGGGAUGUAAUACAUACAGAGGCUAGUGAGGAGCGAGGAAGUUGCUGAUUACCUCGGAAAGCUCCAGCUGCCAUUGGCCCCUUACUGCUGCAAGGGCAGACCUGGACAGAUCCAGGCCCAGGCUGUUUUAAAAAACCCAGCACCGAGUCAGACCACAGGAAAAUGUAAUGAAUUAGUGAGCCAUCCCCACCCCCUUUAGACUACUGAAAAACAAACAAACCAGAACCAUUGGGAUGCAUUCUACAGUUGAGGUGGUGGGGGAGGUGUUCCUUUUACCCUAUCGUUCCCCAUUCCUAGAAAGUAAAGCUCAUGGAAAUAGCACUUUCUUAGGUACAGGACAGCGAGGGAAAGGUACAAAUCUGACAAGUGAAUCCAAGUUGAGCAGGGGCACCACUAGCUUCUGAAUCCAAACUCAAUUCUUGGCCUGCAUAAGGUCCCCUGGGUGCUGUCCAAGGUACUGAUCGUCCUAUAGGCUCUGAAAAGUACACAUCCUAGGAUUUAGAAUGGAGGAGACAUUAGAUAUCCAUACCAGCCGACUUAUUUUACAUAUAGGGAAACUGAGACCCAGAGAAGUUAGUUAUAAUACUUAGUUUCUGAAUAUUCUAUUUAAGGGGAGGGGAGCUAUUACUGUCACUUCAAGCCAUACAGGUAAGCAGCACAAACUGAUGUACUAUGCCUGAUGGCAUAUGCCUCAGACCACAACUGUCAUCUACCACAUCUCUGUCAAGAGAGAAGUGUGUUUAGUCAUUGCAUUGAUUUGAGUUCUUUUAGUCUGAGAUGUCUUUUAGUGGUUAAUAGUGAUUCCAUUACAUCACCAGGGUCCUUAUGUCCGUUCCCGUGGUGGUUACUUCAUGAAAGCCUUCCCAAGUUCCUCUGAAUUUCUCAUGCUUUUUUUUCUUACAGAGAAGUCAUAUUACAUUACAUUAAUGUCCACAUCUUGUUUAAUCAUUUACCAAGUGACAGAACCUCACUUUGUUUCCAGGUUUUUGCUAUCAUAAAUGGUGUUAUUAGGAAUAUUUUUGUAUAUGUGGGGCCUUUCACUGUAUCCAUACCCCCUUGAAGUAGAUUCCCCAUCAUAGGAUCACUGUUAAAGAGUAUCGUGAUUCCAAAUUGUUUUCUUGAAUUGUUGAACCAAUUCACAGCUCCACUAACAAUGUAAUAGUUUGCCUGUUUUCCUACAGCCUUUCCAACACCAACUAUUUCUGGUUUGUUUGGGUUUUUUUAAUGAUCUUUUUUGGGUGUGAGAGGAAACCUCAAAACUGUUUUAAUUUUCAUUUAUUAUUGAUGAUCUUGAGUAUUUUAUUAUAGUUGUUAAUAGUUUGUGUUCCCUUUCUGGAAAACUUCAUAUGCUUUUAUCAACUGGGGAAUGGCUCUCUGUCUCAUGUUUUUGUACCAAAUCCCUGAACAUCUUGUAUAUCAAACCUUUAUCAGAGAUAUUUGAUUCAGGAGUCCUUUACCAAAUGAUAACUUUUCUUUUCAUCGCA